UCAAGUGAUGAUGUUGAUCAAAUCGUCUUCGCCUUUUCGUUUGUUGAUUGACAUUGACCAAAGUGAGGAGAAAAUUUCGGCAAAAAUCAAGUGAAUUCUAGAGUGUUUAUAGUGAAAAUCAUAUCAUCGAGCGCAGUGCAGACGGAAAAUGAUCAAAUCAUGAUUGGGCUAUUUUGGUUUCUGGUCAUAAUUGUGUUGAUUUAUUUGGCCAUCACUUGGCUUCUACCGCAAUGUAUUGGGUACAUUUUGAAACGCAAGUUUAAUAUCAAAAUCCGCUUUGGUCGUAUUAGUUUACCCUUUUCGCUACGAGAUGUGAACGUUUGUAAGAGUGGCUUUUCUGUGCAAAUUGAUGAGAUAUGUAUCCGCAGUAGCUUCUUCAACUCGGAAGUCACGAAACUGCUUUCGAUCAAUAUCCGUGAUAUACGGGUCAACAAGGACAUCAAUCGACGUCAGCAGUUCCAAAGUUCAUCAAGCCAAGCAUCCUCUCAGCAAUCAAAUGCCGAAUCCGAUCCAUUUAUGGACGUUCGCACCGGUGAACGGAAGAUCCUGGAUUUCCGCGAGAAGAAGGUUCAUCCUAUGAUAAUCAAAUUUGCCCAAUUUAUGGCCGUUCACAUUAAUAAUGUGUCGAUAGCUCUGCUGAACAACGAUCACGAUCCUGGAUGGUUACUGCACGCAACAGCCAAGGAACUUCAUUUAGACGGCAGUCUUGUCCACAAUACGAAGACAAUGCUGGUUUCAGCCGCGCUGUGUGAUGCCCAGGCGAAAAUUCUUCGACACUGUCAAACAUCUAAGAAGCCAGAUAAGCCUCGGGCAGGUGAUUCUCAGCCUUGUCUGGGUGAACUAAGCUUUGGCAUUGCCUUGGACAGUAUUCUCGUGGCCCAUGGACCAAUUUCGCUGGAAAAACUGCAACUCGCCAUGACCAAUACAAAAGUGGUCCUUCAUGAAGGUCUUUAUGAAUUUAUCAAAGAUGCCCAGAGUCAGAAGCGUCGUACUCAGAUGUUCCUUCGGCAGAAUAGCAUCAAUUUGAAUCAGAUUCCUAAGCUUCCAGGGGAAACAUCUACCGGAAGUGAAACCUAUCUUAGAAUAGCUCCCAUAAUUCCAAAGAAUUUUGCAAUUAAUAUUGAAAAUACGACUAUCUCGGCGGUGCGGGAAAACAGUUCCAAUGAUUUUUCUGCCACACUACUCACGUUUACGAUAACAGGAAAGUUUAACAGCAGGAAUGCCUCCGACGAGUUUCGAAUGCCGAUGUUCUACGUGGGAACGCAGUUACAGCAGCUAGAGAUCGAUACCAUGCAGGAAAAGCUGCUUUACCUGGAGCAGUUCAGCGUGGACGCAAAGCUGGAACAAGACCUGGUCAAUAUUUACUCGAAACUGACUUCGUUCCGGAUGAUCUACCACCACAAGGAGAUCUACGGGUGGAUAAGCAAAAACUUUUUCUCGAGCGAGCGGUUGGCGCGGCAGAUGAAUCCAAAGAGCUUGAAGUUGGCUAGCGGCAUGAGCGGGGGAGAAGCGGGCCGUGGAAUCGCGGGAUCCGGAUCGAGAGGAAUGUUGGACGAGAUUUUCAAACGAGUGGUGGUUACGGGCUGUGCGGAGUUAUGGAACGUGACUACGGUUUUCAAAUUUGGACCACAAGAGGUCUCUUCAAUAUGCUGUAAUCACACAAAACUGCUAUUGGACCAGUUUGCAGAAACUCGCAGCAGUGCCUACGACAGUCGACUGCUAAAUCAGGUACUGCAGAAACGUCACUGGAGCGCCGAACUUCUGAUCGAAUCGCUGUGGUGGUCCCUCAGCGGGAACGCCUCGCACAAAGAUUUCGGCCAAAGCCUCAAGAAGAGUCACAUUCGCGGCAGUCCGUUCUACAUCGGAGUCAGUCUGAUUAAGCUGAGCAGCUAUGGAGACGCUACAAAGCUAGAUUUUACUAUUCACACCUUCCGCACGGAGUACAGUCCGGGAUUGGCUGAUUACUUGGUACAAGCCAAACAAUGCUUGGAACAGUACCGAUCGUCGAGGCUCUCACGAAGAGGCUCGAUCAACUUCUCUGCCGUGGACAGUCAGUCGUCUACGGACGGAUCCCCAUCCAAGCGGCCGAAGCCGGGUCUUUUAAUCAACGCCAAAGUCACCGACAUAACUAGUUUCUUCUUCAACAAGUACGACACCUGUAUACUAGCCAACUUGAACGAACUAUCUCUUGCAAAGAACCCCGCCAUCAACGUGGUCAAACUGGAUCAAUUCCACAUGGAAGUGCUGGAUUUCCGAAACAUCAACGGGUCAGAUUUUGCGGUCGCCGAGAUACAAAAUAUAUUCGCCAAUUUCAAGGUCAUUCGAUUGGAACACACUGAGCACCCCAAGCAUCCGAAGAUAUCGAUCCACUUCCUGGAAGACACAGGCGCCAUGUGGAAUGCCAAUCUUCACAUGCACGUUGUGACGCUCUUCGGUGAGAUCAAAGAACUUAAGUCAGCAUUGAAAACUAAGGCGAUCGCUCAGCCGCCCUUGGAGUUGCCAACUGAAGAACCCCCGGAAAGAUCCCCUGGCGAUAAGAAAUCGUGGAUCAUUGAUGUAAACGCGGAGGGAAGUGCGGAGUUUGCAAUCAAGAUCAGCGAGCGGCAUUCGCUGCAGCUCUACAGCGAGAAUCUGUAUAUUAGCCGCAAGGAACGGUGGAUCAUCUCGUUUGAGAAUAUUUUUAUCAAGAUUGACGAUCAACAUAUCUUUACGUUCAAAGACGUGGACAGCCACCAGUUGCCGGAAAUGGAUGUGCUGCGAUUCGAACGAAAGCACUAUGAAAAUUUUCGCCUGGCGAGCAACAAAGUCUGGGCGACCUCGAUCGGUGUGGUAAGGAUCAUAUUCCCGUACGAUCAUGAUUUCUACGGGGCUAUUGUGAAUGAGUUUGUUUCUAUAUACAAGUGGUUGAAGCUGAUUCAUGGUUACAAGAAAAAGCCCUUCACUGAAAAUUCUCCGCUUCCAAGCGAUAUGUUUAUACAGAUUAAGGAAUUUUUGAUGGAGAUGAGCGAUGAUCCGUUUGAGGUAAAGUUGAGAGAUAAUUAUGUUUUGUUGCUGGAUGAAUAUAACGAAAGUGUCAAGCGAAAAGAAUUGUUCGAUCAUAAGAUUCAGCAGUUAUGCUCUGAAAGAUUGAUAUUGCCGGCUGGUACUCUGGAGGAGUUGAAUGCCAACUUGAUCAAGAAGAAUUCGGAGAUCUACAUUCAGCGGUCGAAAAAACUGGCGGAAACUGGACCUCCUCGUACGAGAUUGAUAGCGUGGAUUAUGACGGAUCUAGAGAUAAUGGCUAUGGCGGACCCUUCUGUACAUGGUACAGAAAAUGCUGUGCGUAUGAUUCGAGACAUCGACGCCGAAAGUCCGUGGCCUGAGGAAGGCCUCGAAUUCGUUACGCUUUGGUGUCGCGCUGUGAAUGUCAGCUGUACGGAGUGGAAAUUUAUGCUGAGGGACUAUCCUCAACCAAUGUUUCAUGUGAAGUCUAUGCAUCUGUUUGGAAAUCUAGCAGGUGCUGAGAUGGCGCCGCCCAGAAGAGCCAAACGAGACGUUGACAUAGAAGUUGGAGAUCCUUUCGGGACUCAUACUAUUCAGCGGAGUAUGACAUCGAUUAAAUUCUACCACGAUUUUGAUUGGGAGUUGGAUUACCUGGCGUACGCUUUUGGACCCUGUUGGGAACCGGUGAUGGCUCAGUGCAAUUUAAUGAUGGAGAAGAUCUCCGCUCCUUCCAGAGAUCCAAGUCCUCCGUUACCUUUCUGGGAUAAAAUGCGACUUCUCAUGCACGGGCGCCUUACGAUAAUCGCCAAGCAGUUCACCAUCCUUCUACAUGCUUCGCUCGAUCCCUACAACACCACCGAAGAAAUGGAACUGACGUGGAAUAAUUGCGGUAUCGUGUAUACCAAUGCCAAGAUCAUGUUCAAGGGAGAUCUAAAUGUGUACGUAAGAACUGCUUCCCGGUACGAUGAUUGUCGUCUUCUGCACCUUCCCAACCUCAAACUAACCUUCAAACUGAACUGGAUAUGCCUCGCAAACCCAAACGAUCAUCACGCUGUUAUCCCAUGCGCACCGGAUAAGCUCCCCGAAUAUUCCAGUAAUCAGGUGCACGAUUCCUUCAGGGCUUUCCGUUCGCAGAACCUUAACAUCUGGAUAUCGUUCGAAAUUAAGCAAAAUGUGUCUGAUGCAGAUAUCCCUAAUCUGGUGCUCUACGGGAGUACCCUUCGUUGGUUUGAAAGCCUCAAGUUGAUCCUAUCCGGUGUAACGCGACCGACACGGCGAGGUCCAGUGUUCAACAAUGUUCGUCCGCGGAAAAAGCAACUCAGUCGCCAUUAUAAGCGAGCGAAUCUACAGAUGAGUCUGCACAAGUUCCAAAUUUUCUACUGGAUGUCCCAUGCGCUCAAUCGUGGCUUUCAACUAAACGGUGGCAGAAUUACACUUAGUUCAGAGCACACACUGACCUUGUCGCCGAUCGACGAUGGACUUAUUCACCGACCAAGAGCUGAUUGGGCCAUCAUGUACAUGAACUGUGAAUUGAAUGACGCGGAGAUUUGGCUGAGGACAACGACAAUAAGUGAUAGAUCCGAUGGAAGUUCGGAGAGCAUCUCCAAUUCGAAUGGGGACAUUUGCAGGUACUAUUUCCUGAGCGUGGCAAAAGUUUCAUAUGGCCGUGAGGCUCUACUAGCCAAUGGCAAUGAGCGGGAGAAGGACACUCCAACUCAUAAGCUGGUAGUGUACGAUCUGAAAGGGGCUUGGACCAAAGACAACCGAGACGUGGCAUUUGCCUUGUUCGACUCGUUUAUGAAGAGUCAACGGUUGAAGAACAAUUUGUCCACUGAAGCGUUGAAGUGCUUCCGCAAGGAAGGGAACAAUACUCCGCUUAAGUCGCGUAACAGCCAGGAUAAAGGAGGUGGUUCGCAGCAUCACUCAGACGGUGGAAAUCGUGGCAGUCAAGCACACAUCCACAGUAAGAGGCAGGAGACGUCCGAUGGUUUGGUGAUGCUGCAGCAGUUGAUUUCCGAAGCUGAUCACAAAUCGGUAGUUUUCAGCGACGAUCUUUCAGCGCAGACGAGACAACAGCAACUUAAGGGGCUCCAAGCUUGCCAAGAUGGGGGUGUUUUGCAUUACAAUUGGUUCAUUUCCUUGGUGAACUCGCAGGUUCUGCUAAAAGGAUGUGAAACCUCAGGCUAUGUGAUACUUAGUGCAGCGAAGGCCGAGAUCUUACAAAGGGUUCAUCGGCCUGUUUGGAGGGAUCAUACGAUUGUUUCCAAAACGACGUGGGUUGGAUCGUUGGAGUGUAUGCAGUACUAUGCAACGGUCAGUGCCGAAGACGGAGACACGAGGGAAAUGGCGGAGAUUAUGUGGUUAACGGUGGAUAACAUCCAGGAAAAGGAUAGGGUUGCGACUGUAAUAAACGAGUUUCCAGAUUUGCCGCAUUUAGUUGGAAGUGGCCAGAGUGUAGGAGGUGUUGUUUCGGAAACCGUGGGAGGUGUUUCUGGUGAUAUCAGCCGUGACGGAAAGUCGCCAAUUCAAUUACAACGAAUCGUAUCUAGGUGUAAGUGUGAAUUUUUUUAUGUCAGCUAUGGAGAAACGAGUAUAGAUCCCGGAACAAUCAGUGAGGUUCCGGCACCACCAGUGGAGGAAAGCUUGAGUCCUUGGGAGAACCAGGAUGAACCAGUGGAUGCUUUUACGUUAAUGCAUCACGAUCUAGAUGUUUGUACGAACUCUCUGCAGUACGCCAUGAUUCUGGACAUAGUGAAUAAUUUGCUUCUCCAUGUUGAGCCGCAACGAAAGGAAGCUUCUGAGAGGCUCACUAGAAUGAGGUUCCAACUGCAGCUCUACAGCAGUGAAGAUCAGAAGCGCCCAAUUCAGCAUAUCCAGACGGAGAUUAGAGGCUUAAUGUCAAAAAUCAGAUGUUUGGAAAAGGACAUCCAUUUCAUUACCAAAGCACGUCUCGAAGAUGGCGACAGUGAUGAGCUGAGGGUCGAGUACGAAGAGGUCCAGAAAAUGAUUCGCGAAUACAAAGAGAUGCUAUCGAACAAAAGUGACGAAUUGGACAUCAUGCUAUCGUGCUACAAUGAGGCUCAACUUUCCGCGUCGAAUCGAUUGGCCACUAUCCGCAAGGAUAAGCCACUGACCAUUGUGCGGGCGAAUGAAAUUUGCUUCAAACAUGCCCAGUGGAGACUUACCGAGGCCGAUGGACAGAUCGGCAUCGCUGAUUUGAUCCUUAGCAAUUUUCUUUACACCAAAAAUUCUAAAAGUGAUGACUCCGUUGACCAUCUGCUGGAAUUGGGCUACAUAAGGAUCAACAACCUGAUUCCUAGGGAUAAUUAUAAAGAGGUGCUAUGUCCAACGGAGAUCCAACGAGAUAUGCCGGUCGAUCACAAACGUGUGCUGCGAGUGUUCUGCAGGGAGAAACCCCCGGUUGGAGGUAUAUCUGUGAAGGAACAUUUCGAAAUUAACGUAGUUCCUAUAACGAUCGCCAUUUCGAAGAAAUUCUACAACACCAUGCUGAAGUUCUGUUUCCCUGAUCGGGAUGCUUCGGAAACGGAGGGUAACGAUGAACUGGAAGAUGGUGCCAGCACAAGUUCUGGUUCUUCGCUGUCGACAAAAGCAAGCUCGAAGAAGGCGAUCAGUAAGGGUAAGAAGAGUUCCAAAGAUAGUAAUUUUUACGUGAAGAUUCAGGAUGAUGUGGAAAAGAUGAAGGAGCGAGCCGAGAAGAACAAGUUGUUCAUCUACAUUAAAAUACCGGAGGUGCCUGUUAGAGUUAGCUACAAGGGUAACAAAGAGAAAAAUAUCGAGGAUAUUACUGAUUUGUCGCUGUUGAUCCCAACCUUGGAGUAUCACAACGUGACCUGGACCUGGCUGGAUCUACUGCUGGCCAUGAAAUCCGACAGCCGGAAGGUGCUACUAUCGCAGGCAAUUAAGCAAAAGCUAAAGCUGAAAAAGGUGCUCGUGGAUGAACAACCAUCUCCACAGGAGGAGGACAAGGCAAAAAUGUUAUUCGGCAAUCGUCAUGCGCCGGAAAAUAAAAGUCUGCGUCGAGGGGUUUUCAAGUUCGCCAAACCGUAGAAUUGUCACAACACCACUGGAAUUAAAGCGUCAAAAUCCUCUCUUGGAUUAUCACGGCCGGAAAACGAGAAAAUACAGGAGAAGAUGAAAGUGGUCUGCGGUUGGCCAGCUUAUGAUGUCUUCACAUCCAUCUAUUUUCACCCUGGGCAAAUUUUGCCACUCGUUUGAGAAGUCGCGUGGUGUUCUUGUUUUUCCGCACUUGCUUGGGAUGGAAUAUUAGAUGCUUCCAUAGUCUGUUCUGGUGCACCUGCUCACCUGUAGCUUGAAAUUAACGAAUGCAUGUUUUCCGGUUUUAUUUUCAUCUGAAUGUGGUUUUAAAAACCUUGUGGAUGCCACGAGGAAGGAUUUCUGUUUAGCAAACAGCUACAUGUGCGUUCCCUAAAUUGAAAAUUUCUGUUCAUUUCUAUAGAGUGUCUGUUCAAAAAUAUAUUUUGCUCUGUAGACUUUGAUCUUGAACAUUUGGAUGGUUGAUCCAAUUUUGUAGGUGACAUGUGCAACAAAGUUAGUUUAGAGUUCGUCUAAUUGUUCAAUCCAAGAGGUAGAUAA